AUAGAGUUGAAUAUUCACGAAUUUUUACCGGAAAAGGAUAAAUAUCUAGGCACAAAAGAAAGGGGAGAAAUAAUAAAGGAGAGAGUGAGAGAGAGGGUUUGUGUUUGUGUUUGUGAUUAAAAAAACUGUAAAUCGGAGAAUAAACGCUAGCGAAGAAAGGAAAAGUGCAGGCAAGAAUCACAUGAGAAUAAUCGUUGAAUGAAUCGAAUGCUAACAACUUAAUUCACGAAGGAGGAAGGAGAAAUGAAGAAAGCAGAUGAUGAUGAUGAUAAAGACCCCAGACUUGCCGGAGCUAUUCUCUUCGGUCUAAUUGCCGCCACAACCACUACUCUCCUCUUCGGUCAGGUUCGCAAAACUCUUGAAUGGUUCUCUAUUCAGGUAACGAGGACUCGGGCAUGGAAAGGAAAGAGUGGUAGCUCUUAUAGAACAGCUUAUCAGGAAGAGGCCUGGAGAAAACACAAUAAGCGAAUGCAAGAGGAGUAUGAGGAAGAGAUGGAGAGAGUCGAACGAAUAAGGCGUAUGCAAAACGUGUUUAACAGAGAAAGAAAUAAAUUCAAAAGAGGGUACGAAAGCUGGAGGGAACAUGGUCCCAACGCAUAUCAUCAACAUUUCCAAAGAGAAGAUUGGUAUUGGAAGACUGAUAAUUCAUACAGAGACAGGAGGACUAAUUAUCGAGAAACUCCAAGAGAGAGCGGAAACUAUGCCUUAUCACAUCACUACUCAGUUUUGGGUCUUGACAGGUUUAGGAAAGCACCAUAUUCAGAUGCAGAGAUUAAGUCAGCAUUUAGGACAAAGGCAAAGGAGUAUCAUCCUGAUCAGAACCAGGAUAAUAAAGACGUUGCUGAAGCUAAGUUCAAAGAAGUGAUGACUUCAUUUGAGGCCAUAAAACAGGAAAGAAGUAACAAAAAUCAGUAAUUAUCAAACUCUGCCCAUCAAUCCCAGGACCCAAAAGGAUGCAAGAAUUGACACUAACAGACAUGUGUAACCUGUCUGAGCUGUACAACGAAAAUCUGGUAAUAAUAUUACAUUAUAGUGAGCACGACUUCAUUAAGUGGCCAUGCCAUGUUUGAACGCCGCCGGCAAACAUUUGAGGUGUAAUAUGGAAGGCAUGGACAGAGAUGGACACUGAAGUGCUGCUGUUCAUAAGAUUUUAUUUGAAGUUUAUCAGCAUUUGUAUAACAUACGUGUAGAACUAAUAAAUAUAGCUUAUGGUAUGCUCAUAAGCAAUUUUCAAUUUAUAUUUAUAAAAUUUUCCAAAAUAGUUCAUAGAAAACUUAUACAGGGAUUGAUUUUCUCUUUGAUUGUAAAAGCUAAAUAAAUUUAAGCUCUUAUAUGAUUAACAACAUUUUAUAGAAGAGAUA